AUGUUGCGGAUCGGCGUGGAUGUUGGAGGCACGAACACCGAUGGGGUGCUCAUCGAUGUCACUUGUCUGCAUGAACCAUCGCGGGGCGUUCUCGCAUUUUACAAGGCUCCUACUACCCCGGAUGUCUCAGAUGGCAUCGAAGCGGCCGUGCGCGAGGUGCUGCAUCGCGCCAAGGUUCACCCAGAGCGCGUGUCGUGUCUCAGUAUCGGCACCACGGCGUUCAUAAACGCUGUGCUCGAGGCAGACGCGCGACGCCUCGCCAAGGUGGCCGUCAUCCGUUUGUGUGGCCCGUAUACGAAGCAGUGCCCGCCGUUCAUCGACUUCCCUCCGCGCUUGCGUGCGCUGACGGAGGGACAUGCGGGAUAUGUCGAUGGUGGAUUUGAAAUCGAUGGUCGUGAGAUCGCCCCGAUAAAGAAAGAACAGAUCCUAGAGCAGUGUGCUAUUAUCCGAAGCAAGGGAUUGAAGAACGUCGUUCUAUGUGGGAUCUAUUCCCCACUCGACAACGAUGGAAAGCAAGAGGUUGCGGCCAUGCAGAUCGUGCAGCGAGAGCUGGGCCCUUCUGUGAACGUCGUAUGCUCACGAGAUGUCGGCCAAGUUGGCUUCCUAGAAAGAGAAAACGCAUCCAUCCUAAACGCAUCCAUCCUCAUCUUUGCGCAGCGCACCAUCCGCAGUUUCCAAACCGCCAUGCAUGCCCUCAACCUCUCAUGCCCGCUCUUCCUCACGCAGAACGACGGCACCCUCACAACCGCCGCCUCCGCCGCACGCCUGCCCAUCCGCACGUUCGCCUCGGGCCCGACAAACUCGAUGCGCGGCGCGGCCUUCCUCGCGGGGCUCGACGAGCACAAAACCGCCCAGCAGCGCAAGUCCACCAUCGUGGCCGACAUCGGCGGGACGACGACGGACGUGGGCGUCCUCCUGCCCUCCGGCUUCCCGCGCCAGGCGGCCGCGUUCAUCGAAGUCGGCGGCGUGCGCACCAACUUUGCGAUGGCGGACGUACAGUCGAUCGGCCUUGGCGGUGGCUCCCGCGUGAAGGUGCACGAGACGCCCAAGGGAAAGCACGUUUCGGUUGGUCCGGACUCGGUGGGACACUAUUUGACCCGAGAUUCGCGAGUGUUCGGUGGGGACGUGCUCACUGCUACGGAUAUUGUCGUCGCAAGUGGGCGUGCGGAUGUUGGGAGCAAGGAACAGGUCGCUGGAACAGGCGGUGAGGUCAUUCAGAAGGCAACGCGGAUAAUAAAGAAGCACCUGGAGGGGAUCAUUGACAAGAUGAAGACGUCUCCUGAAGACAUAAUUGUGCUUCUAGUCGGUGGUGGUAGCAUCAUUGCUCCUGAUGAACUAUCCGGUGUAGGCGAGAUCCUGCGACCGCCGUACUUCAUCGCUGGAGAGAUAGACACCAUUGAGCUUUUGCAAAACCGGAACAUCCACGACGUUAUAGAGGGCAUCAAGGCUCAAGCAAUCGAGAAAGCUAUCGCUGCCGGUGCUGACCCAGCCACCACGAAAAUUGUGGAAGUGGUCAAUCUUCCCGUUCAGUACGUGACAAACCAAGCCACUCGUAUCAUCGUCAAAGCAGCAGGCGAUCUGGCCCCCGAAGCCGUGGCAUCGGUCAAUGCGCCUAAUGGCGUACUGGACUUAUCCAACGUUCAUGAGCCAACUGAAGGCGAGAAAGCAGUCCUGCCGGACGACACGGACGAGCAAGAGAUCGACAUAGAGUCGUACAAGCCGACCAUCCGAACAGAUCGCUCCUGGAGCCUGACCGAACUCGAUCUAGAGUGGAUUGCUGAAGGCUGCGGUGUUAUGGGAACAGGCGGAGGAGGCUCGACUUACCCGCCGUUCCUCAUGGCUCGCCAAUUGCUUAGAGAUGGGAAGGAGAUCAUUGUCGUUGAUCCUGAUGAUGUGGCUGAGGAUGCUGUGUUCUUGCGCUGCAUGUUCAUGGGCGCACCCAGCGUUUCGCUGGAACGCUUGCAGGGCGAGAGUGAGAUCCCAGCUUCGAUCUAUGCGUUGACGACCUAUAUGGGCCUGAAGGAUUUCAAAGGCGUCGUUUCAGACGAAAUCGGUGGCGGAAACGGUCUGCAGCCUAUGAUCGUGGCCGCGGAGAUGGGCAAGACGGUCCUUGACGCUGACCUCAUGGGACGGGCCUAUCCCAAUAUGUAUCAAUCUCUACCGGGCGCGUUCAACAUCCCCGGCGGAUUGUGGCCCUGUGCGGUCGCUGAUGGCAUCGGCAAUACAGUAGUCAUGCCAACAGCUAGUAGCCCGAAGUCUGUCGAGACGAUUCUCCGCACGGUUGCGACCGAGAUGGGAUCAAAGGCAGGGGUUAGCAUGGCACCACUCACCCGGUCUAACUGUCAAAAAUACGGAGUCUCGCGCAGCGUAUCUCAGGCUUGGCACAUCGGAAGAGCAGUCGCGCUCUGCCGGAAGAAGAAUGACCUGAAGGGCAUCCCUGCGGCAAUACUGGAACUGCAGAAUGGAGCUUGUUUGUUCAUCGGAAAGAUCGUGGAUGUGCAGCGGGAAGUUCGGAAAGGGUUCACGUGGGGAUCAGUCACGAUCGUACCCUUGCUCGAGGACGAAGAAGAGGACUCUGGUGAUGCGACGAGCGCACCCGUAGCAUACGCAUACCGCCCCGAAGAUCGGCUGAUCAUCCCGUUCCAGAACGAGAAUCUCUACGCUUACGUCGAGUCCCCGAAUGGCGAUAAGAAGAUCCUUGUAACGGUACCUGAUUUGAUCACCGUCGUUGACUCUCAGAACGGCGCGGCUCUCGGAACUCCUGACUAUCGAUAUGGGCUACGAGUCACCGUCAUUGCAAUGGCGGCUGAGCCAAAGUGGACCACCACUCCGGAGGGUCUGGCUUGUGGUGGGCCAUCGGCGUUUGGUCUGUACGAUUUGCCGUUCACGCCUAUUGCGCAAUACAAGGAGCCUUCUGGUGUGGUCGCGCAAUUUCUCUCUCAGUGA